AUGGCUCAAGAAUUAUUUGCAUCGAUUAUAGCAUCUAUGCACUUACAGAACCUAUUCUCCACUUUACAUAAUAAGAAACAUGAGAAACCUUCUGAAAUUUUGAGAGACACAUUUGGUUUCUUGCUGAAAAGACAGGAAAGUUCCAUUCCUGAGACUGGUCUUGGUGUAUAUUUACAUGGGAGGGCAAAGAAAGGAUAUAUAGUCUCUAUGUAUCCUGGUACAAUUUAUUUCUCAGGUGAUCCAAUGUUUCUGGUAUCUCUUAAUAAUAGCUAUAUACUAAAGUGUACUAAUGGUUUCUUUUUUGAUGGCAAACCAUAUGGAUUAUCUAAAUAUAUAUUCAAAUCAUUAUACAAGAGAAUAAAUUAUCCUGGUGUGUUUCCUACAUGUGAUAUAUCAUGGCUUGAGAAGAAUGAUGAAGACUUAAAGAAUCCACUUACAAUUGGUCAAUUUGUGAAUAAUGGCACUUCUAUAUACAAGGCAAAUGUUAGAUAUCAAGAGCUUGAAAUCGACUCACUGCCUAUAGAGCUGUGGAAAUACAUACCAAAUAUCCAUUAUGCUAACAAUGAAAGCAUUGCAAAAGCCAAAAAAGUAGUUGUUCUUGUUGCAACUAGAGAUAUCAAAGAUGAAGAACUUUUUUCUACUUAUAUUGAUGUGAGUUAA